AUGCCCGCUACGCGGGCUGGGGAGAAGAGACGCAUUAGCGAUCGUGACUUGAGUGGAAGCGAGGAGUCAGACUUCGAUGUGGAUCAGUUCUCAAGGGAGUACCUCCACGACGGCACCAGCGUUACCGUAAGUAAGACACUCUCUGGCUACCAUUGUUUGCGCCUGCUAACACAUCCCCAGUCAUGGCACGGCGGUGUUCCUGGCCAGCUGGGCGGACAUCCGCCGCCUAUGAUUGCAGCUCCUCCCACCCUCAACCCACCUCUCGGCUAUGUCGCAGCGCCAGCCAUACCCCAUGUACCGACUAUGCCCGCCUUACUCGAGGAAGAUGCUCUGACGGAGAUGGGCGAGCACCGUCCCAUGGGCAUAGAUCCAGGAGAGCCAGUGCUCGCUUGGAUAGAGGGGCACAAUCCGCGUCCUGAAGAUGACAUCCACGGAGGUCACAACGGCAUGCCCGUGGAGACCGCGCCUUAUCCGGUUUUCAUAUUACCCGACCCAGAUAUCCAUGCAAUAUUCGAGCCUCUUCCAGACGGGCUUGCUCAACCAUCACAAACCACCAAUGUGACGUUGCGGAUGGCAGACUGGGAAGCCGGCGUGCUAGGAAUGCGUGCUCCAAUAACGUGCCAAGCUGAGACGGGCCAGAUUCCAGCGCCCAUUGUCAUUCACGGCAUUGAACGUAUCGGCAAUGGCGGUCAUGGUGAUGCCCAUUCUGGCCCGGUCUUGCCCGACAACCCGGCCAUUCCAACAACAGUCGCCGAGACGCAGCGCGUUGCUGUGGCCCAGCAAGACGCCGAAGAAGUUGAGGGGGCCGUGGGUGAGUCUUCUACAUUGCGCAUCCAGAAUAGCGACGGCUCGUGGAGCUGUGCAGUUGAAGGAUGCACCAACGUCCAGCACUUCACACGGCCGGGCGACCUGAACAAGCACCAGCGCCAGCAUCAGAUUGAUAAGUACAAACGCUGUGGCUGGCCCGAGUGCCACUUCUCAACCCGUCAUUUGAGCCAUCUGGUAACGCACCGAGAGGCCAGCCAUCUGGGUGUCACCUACCAGUGUCCAGUAUGCUCCGACGAGGUGACCAAGUAUGAGAAUCUGGUCGGUCCCGGUAGGCAUAUGGCAAAGAGGCAUCCUGGCGCAGAAGUGGUGCUCUCGAAGGAGAGUUGCAGGCGAGUGCCUCCGCAGGCCACAACGGUGGCCGUCACGCCGGCACCGGAACCGCAACAUGCUCCCGGCCACCAAAGCCAGCAACAUGCGGCACGGCAAGUUGCCCUCCAGCAGUCGGUUCAGCACGCCGUGCAGAAUGCGCUCCGUCAGAGCACAUGCCCAGCGGGACCUUCCAGCGGCCAAGGGACGCUCCAACCAACGGCUCAACAGAUAGUCCAGCGAGGGGCUCAAGCGACACUUCAGCCGAGCCUUGAGCCGCCAGUGCAGCUUGUGACGAGGCGUGCUUCUGGCCAGCGAGUGGUUAGACCGAGACUUGAGACGAGCGCCGCCCUGACGCCGCCAUCACCGGCACCGCUUGCGGGUCCUUCGCAACACCCUUCAACCUCUUAUCGUCAAGGGCCUGAACUCCUGGCAUCUGCUCCAGUCUCAGCAGGGCCCAGCACGCCUGCCAAAGCAUGGUCUUACACAGAGUAUCAGCUUCUUACGCCGUACGGGUCUUUCAACCCGGACAUGAUCGAUCCCCGCUUGCGCAACCCUUUGUCGAACUCGUUGUCGCACGCGCGGGAGCAGUCACCGCACGGUUCGGGCUACUUUGCCAGUAGUCCUGUUUCUCGCGGCGUCAGUUACAUCGCUGGUCUGCCAACCCCACCGUUCUCCCGACGCGCUUCCUCCUCUAAGUCAAGCAGCCGAGCGGGUCACCGCCAGCCCGCAGGACUGCUAUCACCUCCCAUGACACCCUCAGCCAAGUCGUGCAGCCAGGCGCUUGUCCAAGGCAUUCCCAAGGGUGCUACGCUUGAGAUGCCCAUCCGCGGGAAGAAAUCAAGCGGCGCGUUCGGUGGCCACGUCGCAUGA